AUGUCACCGGUCGUUGGAGCAACCAAGGCGCCGUCGAUGAGGGCUUUGACGGCAAGGCUGAAGGAGGUCCAGUUAAACUUCAACGACAUCUACCGCUUCGCUCAGGCAUUUUCCGAUGCCAACAGUGGUACUGAAGUGGAAAUUCGCAUGGGCAAACUGGAUGAGCUGUGGGAGGCCUACAGCGAAACCAUGGUGGAGAUCUACGCACACGAGGACUACAAUCCCGAAAAGGCUUCGUUGGAGAAGGAACGUGUGGAGUUCAGCGACCAAUACUACCAGGUCAAGUCCUUCCUUAUGGACAAGAUCAAGGAGCUUCAGAAACCUCCGAUUCUGGAGCAGCCUGUUCGUGCUGCUGAUGGAGCACCAUCGAACACCAGCGAUCACGUCCGUCUGCCGCAGAUCAAACUGCAGACGUUCAACGGCGAUAUCGAUGAUUGGCUGAGCUUCCGCGACCUAUUCACGUCGCUCAUCCACUGGAAGGUGGAUCUACCGGAAGUGGAAAAAUUCCACUAUUUGAAAGGCUGUCUCCAGGGUGAACCCAAGGCCCUGAUUGAUCCUCUUCCAAUCACGAAGGCCAACUACCAGGUGGCAUGGGACUCGCUGCUGAAGCGCUACAAUAAUAGCAAGCAGCUAAGGAAGCGGCAGGUGCAAGGUAUCUUCAAACUGCCCACACUUUCCAAGGAAUCCGGAGCCGAGCUACACAUCCUAGUAGAAGGCUUCGAACGAAUCGUGCAGACCCUGGACCAGGUCGUUCAACCGAACGAAUACAAGGAUCUUCUAUUGGUGAACAUCCUUACAGCACGAUUGGACCCGGUUACGCGUAGGGGGUGGGAAGAGGUCUCAUCCACGAAGGCGCAGGACACCCUAGAGGAUUUGUUCGAGUUUCUGCGGCGUCGAAUCCAGGUUUUGGAGAGUCUUCCACCGAAAUCCACCGAUACUAGGGGUGUCGGUCAGCAGCAACAACAAUCAAAAUCGAGGCAACCAUUCAUGAAGGCAAGCUACAGUUCUUCCCAAUCCACCCAGGCGUCUAAGGGACGCUGCGUUGCAUGCUCAUCGGAUCAUCUCCUCUUCCAGUGCAACGAAUUCCAACGGAUGACAGUAUCCAACAGGGAUGGUCUCCUGAGGUCCCAUGGCCUGUGUCGGAACUGUUUCAGGGUGGGACAUCAGGCUAAGGAAUGCCAAUCCAAAUACUCCUGUCGAAACUGUAAGGGGCGUCACCAUACCCUGGUCUGUUUCAAGCAGGAGAAGGAAAAGGAACCCAAGGUUGCGGCAGUUGCUGGGGGCAACAAGCCGUCGAAUUCCAAGGAACAACAAGAAUCCAACUCCCAAGUGGCUAAUGUGGCAGCCACGGAAACUGCAGUAUCCGCUGCAGCACACCAACAUCCAACACAGGUUCUUUUGGCAACAGCAGUUGUGAUGAUCGAGGACGACGUUGGCAAUCGUUUCCCGGCUCGUGCACUGUUGGAUUCCGGAUCCGAAAGUAAUUUCAUUACACAGCGAUUGAGUCAACGGUUACAAGUUCAUCGAGAUCGGGUAGACAUUUCGGUGGCAGGAAUUGGUCAAGCGGCUACCAAGGUUCGGCAAAGAAUUCAAGCGGUUCUUCGGUCACGAGUUUCCGACUUCUCUCGUGAGUUAGGCUUUCUAGUCCUUCCAAAAGUCACAGUGAAUCUCCCAACAACCGCUAUCAACACGGAUACAUGGACUCUUCCAAGUGGGAUUCAACUGGCGGAUCCUACAUUCUUCGAAUCGAGCGUGGUGGACCUCGUGCUCGGUAUCGAGUGUUUUUUCGAGUUUUUCGAAUCUGGAAGGAGGAUUUCCCUAGGGGAACAACUCCCAGCCCUCACCGAGUCCGUGUUCGGUUGGGUAGUCAGCGGCGGUAUUUCGGUUCCAGCUCGUUCCCUACACAUCAGCUGCAACGUUUCCACGCUGGACAAUUUGGAAACUCUGAUCACUCGCUUUUGGUCCUGCGAAGAGGUAGGGACAGGCAAGGCUUAUUCACCAGAGGAGGUACGUUGCGAGAAAUGGUUCUCCAGCACGGUUCAACGGGAGCCUAGCGGUCGGUACACGGUCGCUUUACCAAGGACGGAAGAUGCUCUGUUACGAUUAGGCGAAUCGAGGGACAUAGCAUUCCGGAGACUCCAAGGGACCGAAAGAAGAUUGGCUCGGGACUCAUCGCUCCGAGAACAGUACGUUGCGUUUAUGGCGGAAUAUCUCGAUCUAGGACACAUGAGAUUGAUAGACGAGGCUUCGGAGACUUUAAUCAAACGGUGCUACUUGCCACACCAUCCCGUGGUAAAAGAAGCUUCAACCACAACGAAGGUUCGGGUAGUGUUUGAUGCUUCGUGCAAAACGGCAACAGGAGUCUCACUAAACGACGUGCUACUGGUGGGGCCGGUAGUUCAGGAAGAUCUUCGAUCCAUAAUCCUCCGCUGUCGGACCAAGCAAAUCAUGUUGGUGUCGGAUGUGGAAAAAAUGUUUCGGCAAAUCAUCGUCCGUCCAGAAGAUCGCCCACUGCAGUGUAUUCUCUGGAGAAACUCACCAUCGGAAGACGUUCAUACGUUUGAGCUGAACACAGUGACGUACGGAACGAAGCCAGCACCCUUUUUGGCCACAAGGACACUUCGGCAGCUCGCACUGGAUGAGGAAGGAAGAUUUCCGCUCGCGGCACGAGCGGCCAUGGAAGACACCUAUAUGGAUGACGUCAUCACGGGUGCGAACGAUGUGGAAACCGCCACGGAGUUGCAAGGGCAGCUAAAUACGAUGUUGUCAGGAGGAGGAUUUCAACUACGGAAAUGGGCGUCCAACUGCCCGUUAGCACUAGCCGGAGUUCCAGAAGAAAACUUGGCCAUCCGUACACCAGAUGGGAUUAAUUUGGACCCAGAUCCUUCAGUGAAAACUUUGGGAUUGACCUGGUUCCCUUCUACGGACAUUCUCGGGUUUCAAUUCACCAUUCCCACUCUGGAAACUGGCGCUAUCCUCACCAAACGAGCCAUAUUGUCAGUCAUUGCGACCCUUUUCGACCCUCUAGGCCUCCUGGGUGCCGUUAUUACUACGGCGAAGGUUUUCAUGCAACAGCUGUGGACCAUACGUGACGAAGACGGGCAACCGCUCGGCUGGGACCAGACCGUACCACCAACGGUGGGUGAGGCGUGGAGAAAUUUUCACGAACAACUGCCGCUGCUCAACCAACCUCGUAUCGAGCGUUGCGUAAUUAUCCAAGAUGCAGUUUCCAUUGAAAUCCACUGUUUUUCCGAUGCCUCGGAAAAAGCUUACGGUGCUUGUCUGUAUAUCCGGAGUAAAGAUGCAGAAGGAAGGGUGAAGGUUCGAUUUCUUUCUUCCAAAUCUAAGGUUGCCCCACUAAAAUGCCAGACAAUACCACGAUUGGAGCUUUGCGGAGCGGUUUUGGGAGCAGAACUCUUCGAGAAGGUUCGUGAUUCGAUUAGAAUAUCAGCAACAUGUCACUUCUGGACAGAUUCCACGUGCGUUCUUCGAUGGAUCCAGGCUCCUCCAACCACUUGGACGACAUUUGUUGCCAACCGUACCGCGAAAAUCCAAACUAUCACCGAGGGCUAUCAGUGGAGUCAUGUUCCUGGAACACAAAACCCAGCAGACCUGAUUUCCCGAGGUAUCGCACCCCAAGACAUCCUAAACAAUGACUUCUGGUGGCAAGGACCUGCAUGGCUGCGGGAAAACUCGGAUCAAUGGCCUCGAUCACCGGAGGUUUCAUCCACAGCAGAAGUAGAAGAAGAAAAACGACGAACAGUUGUCGCAGGAAUGGUUUCCACAGUCGCCGAGUUCAACCAUGAGUAUUUCCGGAAGUUCUCGUCGUAUUCAGACCUCAUUCGUCGUACCGCAUACUGGUUGCGGCUUAUGAAGCUACUUCGACUACCAUCCUCACAAAGGAGCAACUCAGGAUUUCUUUCUACUUCAGAGCUGCGUGAAGCGGAGAACACCCUAAUUCGUCUGGUACAGAAGGAAGAGUUCGCUGAGGAGUUCAAGGCGCUCUCUGAAGGAAAACCGGUCGCUAAGAAAUCACGUUUACGAUGGUACAACCCUUUCCUCACAAAGGAUCAACUGCUCAAACUGGGUGGGCGGUUAAAGCAUUCCCUGGAGUCAGAAGAUACAAAACACCCGGCCGUCCUUCCAGCUCGACAUCCUUUCACUCGGUUACUUCUUCAACACUACCACGAACGCUUGCUUCAUGCUGGACCACAGCUGAUGUUGAGUGUUGUAAGGCUCCGAUUCUGGCCGUUAGGAGGAAGAAGUGUUGUGCGGAAUAUCGUUAACAAGUGCCAAAGAUGCUUCCGCUCCAAGCCGUCGCCAAUCCAGCAAUUCAUGGGAGACUUACCGGCGGCACGAGUAACUGUUGCACGUCCCUUUUCAACUACUGGUGUCGAUUAUUUCGGACCAGUUCACCUGCGUCCCGUUCCUCGCCGCGGUACAAUUAAGGCUUACGUAGCUAUAUUUGUUUGCCUGUGCACGAAAGCGGUUCAUUUAGAACUUGUGUCAGAUCUAUCCACUGACCGUUUUCUUCAAGCCCUUCGCCGGUUUGUGGCAAGGAGAGGCCGUUGUGAAAGAAUUUAUUCCGACAAUGGCACAAAUUUUGUCGGUGCACGAAACAAACUGCAAGAUCUCCUGAAGCUGUUGAAGAACCGGGACCACCACGAAGCGGUGUCCAAAGAAUGUGCCAAAGACGGCAUUCAAUGGCACUUCAUUCCCCCGAGCGCCCCCCACUUUGGAGGCUUAUGGGAGGCAGCCGUUCGUUCCUCUAAGCACCAUCUUCUGCGAGUUUUGGGCGAAACACCCGUAUCACCUGAGGAUUUCAGCACGUUACUCACCCAGGUCGAAGCUUGCCUCAACUCUCGCCCCCUUACGCCUCUGUCCGACGAUCCCAACGACCUUGAACCAUUGACGCCUGCUCACUUCCUGAUCGGUCAAGCGCCAUCGGUGGUCAUCGUCAUCAUCAUCACCAUCAUCGGAGGCUCCUGUGCAACGGGAGUGAUAAGGAGGCAACAUAAGCCUGAUAAGAGCGGUGAGAGUUCUCUUGCCAGCGAUAACAUCGCAUCUCAUCUCCGGAGGGCAGACUGGCUGAACGAGCUGGACCGAACUUCAGUGCAAUUCAACCAGACAACCGGGCAGCAUGGGCAGUAG